UUCAACAUGGCGGCUGUUCGAUUGUGUGCACUUUCGCGACGGAUGAUUUCAUCCCCGUUCUUACAACUCAGGGCAAUGUCUGUCGGAGAAAAAGGAGGUGGUGCAGGAAAGGGUGGUGGAGCUGGAGGAGACAUUAGGAGUGCUGGUGGUUCAUUUGGAAAAAUGGAGCAUGUCCAUGAGGAACAGUACUUCAGAAAGCAGGAACAAGAGAAACUAAAGGAAAUGAAGAAACAUUUGGAAGAACAAGUGGAUCAUCAUGAAAAGGAGAUUCAACACCAUGAAGAGGCCAUCCGUCGUCAUCGCGAAGCAGUUGAAAAACACAAGAAGGGAAUGGAGAAGUACGAUUCAGACUCUGACUAAGAAGAAAUGUCUUCUUCUUGGUUUUGAUUUGUUUUUACUGUGUUCAAUCAUGCCAUGACAUAUCUGAAAAUGGCUUCUUGUCAGCAGAUAGUGGCUUUCUCUAAUAUUGUUCUGAUGUGAAUGUUGUCCCUUACUUGGUGAGUGUUUGAAAUAAAAGAACAAUUCUGCA